UAUUAGUUUUAUCUAGUGUUUUAUACUUCCGGUGUUUCUACUUUCACUUUGAAAAUACACAAAGGGCGGGUCGAUUUUUUCAUAUUUCUGCAAUGGCUCAGCCUAGAAUGUCACAGCCUGUAACUGCAAAUACCUAUACAGAGACAGAAGAGCAGGCUAAACUGAGGUUUCAGACAGAGCUCGAGUUUGUACAGUGCUUAGCAAAUCCUAAUUAUCUCAACUUUCUUGCCCAGCGUGGUUAUUUCAAGGACACAAACUUUAUAAACUACCUCAAAUAUCUGCAGUACUGGAAGGAACCAAAGUAUGCAAAAUAUCUUAAGUAUCCGCAAGCCUUACAUUUUCUGGAAUUACUGCAGUACGAACAGUUCCGAAAGGAGUUAGCAAAUCAGCAGUGUGCAAAGUUCAUCGAUGAUCAACAGCUGUUACAUUGGCAGCAUUACCAGCGGAAACGCGUGCAGCUACUCGGUGCCGAGGCGGAACAUGUACAACAAAUGAAAGAGACAAAACCAUCAUGAUCUUGUACUUCAAACUGUUCUAUCUUAUCUUUUGUUAAUGAUGUGAACUUAAGAAAAAAGUGCUGUGUAGAAGGGAUGAAGAGUUGACAGUUGUAGAAAUAAGAUGGAAACAUGUCUGACAGCCAAAAAUACUUCAUUGAUUAGUUUCUUAUCACAUAUUUACAGUAACUAUAAAACACAUACUGUUUGAAAGAACUUUAUUUUCGUUAAAAGAGUAAUAGCAGUACUUUGAUCAAAAUAAGCUUCAGUGUGUGGUUUAGUUGAAAAAAAGCUGCAAAUAGAUUCUAAUUUUUCCAUUGUUAGCACAUUUGCGCGUAAUUUUGCGUAAACUGGAGUUCUCACUUGUGGAAUUCAUUUUGUGAAAAUAAGACAUUGUGUAUGCUUGUGUUCACAUGUUUUCAAGUUGUUUACCUGAAAGUGGAAGUACAGCGUUUAUUCUACAGAACAGUAUCUGAAAUGUGGUUGACGUGCAUUUCACUGCAUGAUAUCAACGUCUCAUUUUCUUUUCAUUUUUUGUUAAGCUGAUGUGUGGAAGUCUUCUGGAAAGUAGGUCUAUGACUGAUUGAAAAUGUAGAAAGUCUAACAAGAUGAAGCUGAAAUGACUGAAAGAACUGUUUCUUUCACUGGUUUAUAUCCUUUAAUAUUGUGAUUUUCAUCCUUUCACAUAUUCAAAGCUUUUGUAAAACAUUUGACAGUUGAUGCAAGUAUUUACAUGAUGUAAUCAAAAAUAUUUCUGGUUCCACUUUGCAAAAGUUGAGAAUUCAACAUUUUGCAAAUAAAGAAAACAGGAAAAGUAGUUUGUGUGAAGUUAAAUUGUUCUACAACGUUCAGACCAGAUCAUUCAUUGAACAUUUAUUUAUAUAGGCGUGUACACUUUUGUAAAGAAUAAAGCCCCAGAUGAGUUAUUUACUUAACUGAUGCACGUCCUGAUCAUGGUCUGCACUGAUUGCAAAGGCAAAAUCACUAGCCACCAGCUGGCUAAAGUUUAAAAUGUUUGUGGGCAGUUCCAGCUGUUAACAAGUGUAUGUCAUAUAUUUUUGAAAUUAAGUUAGUAUAUAACAUAAAUAAUAAAUGUGGAUGAGCAGUAGUCUAGAUAUUUUACCAAAUAGUAUGAAAUAAUUUUUGUGGGGAUUAAAUUUUGAUAUUUUUUGCAAAAUGAUUCUUGUUGGUUCAAAUUUUGAAAAUAAAAGAAGAAAAAACCCCAAAUAGUUUUAAUCAUUUAUUUAGAAUUUUAUCACAGUGUCUUGUAUAAAUACUGGUCUUAGACCAAUAUAUCUAUAUUCUAAUUUAUAUUAUCAUACAGAAAGAAUGGAUUGUACAAAAUGUACUUAAAGUUUGAUAUUAACGGUACAUGCCUCGUGAUUUAUGUCUACAUGUAAUUUUUCAAAAUCUAUAGAAAGCUUUGUGUAGUUAUUAAAUACUAUAAAAGGAGAUUUUAAAGUAAUUCUGUGUAUUUCUGUAUUUUUUUCAGGUAAAAUAAAACUUCUUUUUAUCGAUUAAAUAAGUAUGAAACUCUCAACUGCCUUACUCACACUACAGCAAAAUAUCUAUUUGAACUAUACUAAUUUAUCACUUUCCAUAUCUAAUAUCAACUGCAACCUGUUUUAAUCUGUCUGAAAUUUUGAAGUUGAUCUAGAGACAUGCCCCUUUAACAGUGAUGAGCUGGUAAAUCUACAAUCCAACAUUUACAAAAUUCAGUAGAUCUCUUUUGAAAUGGAUAUACGUAUCAUUCAACAGUUGUCAUCAAUUUUAUAAUACAAGUUUAUUACUAUGUGUAGAAUCUAAACAUUUUUUUCUGUGCUUAAAAAAUCACAAAACAUAACAAUAUUUUAAACAAUUUCUGCAUUAAUAAAUUAAUAAUACCCAUGAUAAGAUAGCAUUAGACAUAAAAGUGACAUAACAUUAAAAAGGUGAAUUGUUAACUGCAAACUCUGGUUUCAAAAAGAAUAAAUCUACAAAUGUACUGACCAAUUUUCAAUCAUGAUUUUCAUCUAUUCUAGAGCAAUUUUGUUUAUUCUGUUUGACCCUGUUACCAAUAAACAUUUCAUCCAUUCUUUGUUUUUUUUGACAAACAUCACAUCAAAUGUUUUGGUAUAUAUGCUAAUCAUAGACUUUUAUCCCCAGCAAACUAACAUCAAUAGAAUAUGAAUAACAUAUGAUAUGUUAAACAUGAUUCUGUAUUUAAAGCUGCACACCUACAGAUUCAUGACAAACAUUUCAAAAUUUAGAUAAAUUUACAUUAUCUGUAAAAUUCUUGUUCAGUCAAUAUAGUAUUAAAGAAGAAAACUAUCAUCACCUUAUUGAAAUCUGACACAAAAUAGAGGGUAUUUAGGUGUACUUUAUAUUCCAUACAUUAAAAUAUCUACUUGAACAAUACUGGUUUAUCAUUUGAUAUCUAAAAUAAAUUGCAUCUGUUUACAAUAUGUAAUUUAAUCAAGUCCUAUUUCUUUUCAAUAUCUGAUUUAAUCUAUUUCUAUCUGUUGUAAAAAUUUUGAAAUUUUCAUGUGUAUCAGGAGGCAAGGAUCUUUAAACACUAAAUUCAGUUUCAUUUCUAAUUAUUACUUAAAAUAUGUCGAAAAACAUUAAUUCAAUGAGGUAAAUGUUCUUUAAAAGUAAUAAAGAAAUUUUCUUCAUUCAAAAAAAAAAAAAAAAAAAAAGAA